UCUCUUCUCCCGUAGAGUUAGUAGUGUGUUGGGAAGCUGCACAGAAGCUCCGGUCACUGAAAGGUAACUUUUAUAAAGCAGCUCUUAUACUGCGAAUGUUUCAUUUUCUCAUACGACGCGCAGCAGUGGAGCGUUAUCAAAGACUGGAGCGUUUUAUUUAGCCCCCCGCCUUUUCCUCUUGGAUGUAUCGCUUGAAGAACUAGGAACGGACCGCGCAGCUCACCGAAGCCGGGAUGAGCGGGACCUCCGCGGGGUCGGCCGCGGCGCCCUGCCGCUUCGCGCACUACUUUGUUAUUUGUGGAAUAGACACAGAAACGGGACUUGAACCGGACGAGUUAGCAGCUUUGCACCGGUGGCUAGAAGCAGACCGCCAAGGCAGGGAUCCAGAUACUGCAUCUGCAGGUGAAAACUUUGAGCAGAGUCCCCUGAAGAGGACAUUCAAGUCCAAAGUUCUUGCACGUUAUCCAGAAAAUGUGGAGUGGAACCCAUUCGACCAGGAUGCUGUUAACAUGCUCUGUAUGCCCAAAGGUUUGUCAUUCAGGACACAGGCAGACCAGCGCGAGCCUCAGUUCCACUCCUUCAUCAUCACCAAGGAGGAUGGAUCUCGAACAUAUGGUUUCGUUCACACCUUUUAUGAGGAGGUGACCAGCCCACAGAUCUGCUCUGCCAUGCAGACUCUCUACCAGAUGCACAAUGCCGAGCAAACAAAUGCCGCUUCUUCCUCCUCCUCUUCUUCCUCCAGCAUGGACUCACUAGCCAGCAGUUUAGAUGAUGGUUACUCCCCCACCUCAUCAUCCUCAUCAUCUUUAUCUCGUGCAGCGGGGAGCUAUGACUCGUCACGGGACACGCUCUAUGUGUCCAAAGCCUUGUGUCUGAUCACGCCUAUGCCCUUCAUGCACGCCUGCCGGCGCUUCCUUGCACAGAUGCACUCUGCUGUUAUAGCUGCAACCGCACCCCCCUUGCCACUGGAGAGCUACGUUUACAACAUCCUGUACGAGGUGCCGCUGCCUGCUCUGGGGCGUUCACUCAAAUUCCACGGCAUAUACGAACCCAUUGUCUGCCAAAGGCCGGGACCAGGAGAGCUUCCCCUGGCCGACUUCCCCCUGGCAGAGGCCUUUUCUCUGCUAGGCGUGGAAAACCUGGUCCAGGUGUUCACCUGCACCUUGCUGGAGAUGCAGAUUCUGCUGUACUCACAGGACUACCAGCGGUUGAUGACAGUGGCAGAGGGCAUCACCACCCUCCUAUUUCCCUUCCAGUGGCAGCACGUCUAUGUUCCCAUCCUGCCAGCCUCCCUCCUUCAUUUCCUAGAUGCACCUGUUCCCUACCUGAUGGGCCUGCAGUCCAAAGAGGGCACUGACCGCUCCAAACUUGAGCUUCCUCAGGAGGCCAACCUGUGUUUUGUGGAUAUUGACAACCACUCCAUCGAGCUUCCAGAGGACUUCCCUCAGUUCCCAAACAAGACCGAAUUCAUCCAGGAGCUCACUGAGGUGUUAUUAAGCUUUGGCUUCUCUGCCAACACUGGCGCCCCGCCCCGGACCCGCUCCAGUCCUGGCAGCACCUCGUCCACCCCAGGAAGGGAACGCAAAUCCGCCACCCUUCGACAGCUAGAGGACGAUGGACGUAAUGGCAAUCUGGCAGGAGAGGAGUUAGUGGUGCUGGAGCUGCUGCAGGGAAAUGCUACGCUGGAGAGACUGCAGGCACUGACUAAACGCACUGGGGUGACUGUGGCACGUGUGGAAGCCCUGAGAGCUGGAGUCAAAGGUCAGCCCACCGACGGAGGGAACCAAACAGGAGGUGAAGAAGAGGAGCUAAGGAACGCCAAACUGAACGUUCAGCUGAGGGAGGUGUUCGCCAGCCGCUUCACUACCAUGUUUGCAGACUAUGAAUCGUUUGUUAUCCAGAGCGCUCCUGAUCUGGAGUCCUGGCUCACCAACAGGGAGCAGAUGCACAACUUUGACAAGGCUUCAUUCCUGUCAGACCAGCCAGAGCCCUACCUUCCCUUUCUGUCUCACUUCAUCGAGACACAGAUGUUUGCCACCUUCAUCGACAACAAGAUCAUGUCUCAGUGGGAGGAGAAGGAGCCUAUGCUCCAUGUCUUUGACACUCGUAUUGACAAGGCACGCCUCUAUAAUAUCCGUGCUCCCAGUCUCCGGUCGUCCUGCUACCAGAGGUGCUCCAUCCUCAAAGAGUCUGCUCAGGCCAUUGAGCAGCGGCUGAUGAAGAUUGACCACACGGCCAUCCACCCACACCUGCUGGACAUGAAGAUCGGUCAGGGGAAGUACGAGCAGGGGUUCUUCCCCAAACUGCAGACCGAAGUGCUCAACACAGGACCGAGCAAUAACAAGUGGUGUCACAAGGCAGCAACAGCUCAGCGCAGAAAAGAUCGCCACAGACAACAAACGGAACAUCUAACCCUUGAUAAUGACCUGAAAGAGGUGGAGGGCUGCCUGGUCCUACAGAAUUCCAUGGCAUUUUGGGAGUGGGACAAUGCAUCCCCUCCUCCUGUCAAACCACCUAAAAAAUCUGCUUCUGCUUCCUGCCUGAAGUACAUGCAGGAGGCCCGCAGCCUCGGGAAGAAUCUGCGACAGCCUAAACUCUCCGACCUGUCGCCUGCCGUGAUCGCCCAGACCAACUGGAAGUUUGUGGAAGGGUUGCUCAAGGAGUGUCGCAUGAAGACCAAGCGUAUGCUGGUGGAGAAGAUGGGCCGCGAGGCGGUGGAGCUGGGUCAUGGCGAGGCCAGCAUCACUGGAUUAGAGGAGAACACUCUGAUCGCCAGUCUGUGUGACCUGCUAGAGAGAAUCUGGAGCCACGGGCUGCAGGUCAAACAGGGGAAGUCUGCUCUGUGGUCUCACCUGCUGCACUAUCAGGCCCGGGAGGAGAUGCUGGCGCAGCAGGCUGACUCACCAGCGCCUCGCCUUCUUGAGAGGAGGAAGUCUGAUAGUUCCAUAGCGAUGCCUUCUCUGCGUGUGUCUCUCAUUCAGGAUAUGAGGCAUAUCCAGAGUAUGUCAGAGAUCAAGACGGACGUUGGCCGAGCCAGAGCCUGGAUUCGCCUGUCCCUGGAAAAGAAGCUGCUCUCUCAGCAUCUCAAACAGUUGCUGUCGCGACAAGCCUUAACCAAGAAGCUGUACAAACGUUACGCCUUCCUGCGCUGUGAGGAGGAGAAGGAGCAGUUCCUCUUCCAUUUGCUCUCUCUCAAUGCUGUUGACUACUUCUGCUUCACCAGUGUCUUCACCACCAUCAUGAUCCCAUACAGAGUCGUCAUCAUCCCCAUCAAGAAGCUGAGCAACGCUAUGACCACAUCCAACCCCUGGGUGUGCGUCUCAGGGGAACUGGGAGACUCGGGCAUCAUGCAGAUCCCCAAGAACGUAUUAGAAAUGACCUUUGAUUCUGCUUUCAGGCCUCACACGCACAUCUCUGCCAUAUUCAAGUGUCAGAACCUGGGGAAGCUCACCACGGUGCAGCUGGGUCACGAUAAUGCCGGCCUCCUGGCUAAAUGGUUGGUGGACUGUGUGAUGGUGCGGAACGAGAUCACAGGACACACCUACAGGUUCCCCUGCGGUCGAUGGCUCGGUAAGGGUGUGGAUGACGGCAGCCUGGAAAGGGUCCUAAUCGGGGAAUUAGUGUUGCCCAGCGGAGAGGAUGAUUCUGCAAGGGCCUGCCGUACACCCCCGCUACAGCGUUCACCUUCCCAGGGCAGACGCAUCAGCAUCACAUCGCUCACCGGACGAGAUACCAAGCUGAACUCAGCACAAAUCCAAGAGGGGAUUGGGGAGGCAGUGAACAACAUCAUCAAACACUUCCACAAACCAGAGAAAGAGAGAGGCAGUCUGACUGUUCUGCUGUGCGGCGAGAAUAGCUUGGUCGCGGCUCUGGAACAGUUCUUCCAUCACGGCUUCAAAUCUGCCAGGCUCUUCCAGAAGACUGUGUUUGUGUGGGACUUUGUGGAGAAGGCUGUUGCCUACAUGGAGUCAGCUGACCAGGUGGGAGACCUUCAGGAGACCACUGAGGCCAUGAAGAUGACCUGUCAGUCACUCUGUCAUUACUUCAAUGCGAUCAACUCCACCUCCAGAAACAUCGGCAAGGACGGAAAGUUCCAGUUGUUAGUCUGCCUCGGAGCCAGAGACCGCCUGCUGCCCCAGUGGCUCCCCCUGCUCGUGGAAUGUCCAGUGAUCCUGCAGAUGUAUGAGGACACAGCAAUGCUCAGAGACCCUUCCACUCUCAAUACCCUUAUUAGCGUCCUUGAGGCUCUGCACGACUUCUCCAUCACACUGGAAGCCUCGCUGGUCAAAGGCAUCAACCUUUAGCUCCACAGGACUGGUUAAUUUUCUGUCCUCCUCUUCAGUUCACUCUGUCCGUCUAACUGUUAGCUCCUUGGCCUUGUGAUUAGAUGGAUGAUAAGGUUUGGAGGACAUUAAAUUGAAAGGACAAUUUGGAAACCAAAGCAAUAAGUUCCACAUGUUCUCAUGUUGCUUGAUUCUUCAUGGGAGACGUUAAAAUUUGUGGGUGACCCAUGAGCUUGGAUGCAGUAUUUCCACUCUUCCUGUGAAUUUCAAAGACUAUUUAAACAAAAGGUCAGACCAAGGAUCUGUAGUUUUUUACUUGAUGAACUAAUGCUGUUCAUCACAGUGCACAGGUUUCUGCAGACAUAUCAGCUUUUAGAAGCACUUCCUGCCUUCCAUGUAUCCUUUGUUAUUUCAGUACACUUGGAAAAUGACUGUUUGGCUUCCUGCUCACAUUAAACUCAAGCUGCAAGUCAAAAAUCUGUUCCAAAAAGACUUUUGC